GGCGGAGCGGAGCGGAGCUUUCUCGUAGAGCUGCCGCCAUGCCGGGUGCCUCUGAGCGCGGCUCGGAGCUGUCCGAGCAGAUCGAGGCCUUCGUGGCGCGGCUGCGGGGCGGCGGGGAGCGGCCGCGCUCCGAGGACACUGCACGGCAGACGCUGUCGCUGCUACGGAAGAUCGUCGCUCACGGGCGAUGGAGCCGGGCCGGGGAGCUCAUGGAACUGAUCCGGACAGAGGGCCAGAGGAUGACAGCAGCCCAGCCAUCUGAGACAACUGUGGGCAACAUGGUGCGGCGAGUGCUGAAGGUUAUUCGAGAGGAGUAUGGCAGGCUUCAUGGGCGCAGUGAGGAAAGCGACCAGCAAGAAUCCCUACACAAGCUCCUGACCUCUGGAGGACUGAGCGAGGAUUUCAGCACCCCUUAUCCCCCCCUCAGAGCUAAUGUUAUUGAAGCUAUUAACGAGCUACUAAUAGAGCUAGAGGGCACCACUGAUAACAUUGCUAUGCAGGCGCUGGAGCACAUCCACUCCAAUGAGGUGAUCAUGACUAUUGGCUACUCACGCACUGUUGAGGCGUUCCUGAAGGAAGCUGCUCGCAAGAGGAAGUUCCAGGUCAUUGUAGCGGAGUGUGCACCGUUUUGCCAGGGUCAUGAAAUGGCUGUCCGACUGUCUAAAGAGAACAUUGAAACUACUGUCAUGAGUGAUGCAGCUAUUUUUGCUGUCAUGUCCCGAGUCAAUAAGGUCAUCAUUGGUACAAAGACAAUCCUGGCCAACGGCGCCCUGAUUGCUGUGAGUGGGACACACACUCUGGCACUGGCAGCUAAGCACCAUUCCACUCCGCUCAUCGUGUGUGCCCCCAUGUUCAAGCUUUCACCACAGUUCCCUAAUGAAGAAGAUUCAUUCUACAAGUUUGUGUCACCACAGGAAGUGCUGCCAUUCACAGAAGGGGAGAUCCUGGCAAAGAUAAACGUUCACUGCCCAGUGUUUGACUACGUCCCUCCAGAGCUCAUUACUCUCUUCAUUUCUAACAUUGGGGGUAAUGCACCUUCCUACAUCUACCGCCUCAUGAGUGAGCUCUACCAUCCAGAUGACUAUGAACUCUAAUGCCAUAAAGCAUGUCAGUCUCCAGACUCUUCCUUUCUCUUUAGAAAGAUACAACAGCUAAUUAAAGUGUACGUUGCAAAGACGUGUUGCUGUGAGGAAUUUGCUCAGCAAUGUCCUUCCUACCCAAAAGCAACAAAGGCAGAACUCUUACACAGAUUUUGAUCUGUGCUGUGUUAAAAGCCAUGUGGAGCUCUGAAAACCCACUUCCAUUUUGAAACAGCAAGGCCUACGUGUAACUGGAGCAUCUAACCUGUUACUUCAAAAUAUGCCGUGAUAAAGGUUGUUUACAGUGUUUA